CAAAAAGGAGUUCACUAAGAAAAAGGCAUGGCAUAUGAGGAGUUAAAGGAGAUGGGGGCAGAUGGAGGCCUCGUCGCUGGUCGUAGUCAGAGGGAGAAGAGGAGGUCCUACAAGGAUCUGUUACGAGAGGAAGAAGAGAUUGCUGCAGAGGUUCGGAAGUCAUCUAAGAAACGUCCAAAGGAUUCUGAGCUUUUCAUGCUGGGAGGGGACUUGCACAAGAAGAAGAAGAAACAUAGCGAUGAUCACUAUUACCGGGAUCAUGAUGGUUUAGGCCCACCUCCUCAUAAGAAAAAGCAUAAGUCUGUGGAACGCUCUCCGCCUCUUUCUUCACCCUCUUUGUUGCACCCGGCAGACACGGCAAUGGGCCUUCUGCAGGCCAUCACUUCUCCCAUGGCCACCGGCUCAGACCCCAGCCCCCACUUACACAAGAAACCCUCCUAUCCAACUUUCUCCUCGCAUUCCUCCAAGGAUCGCAAACGUGAGAGCAGCGGCGGUGGAAGUGGAAGCAAAGGAAGUCACUCUUUAUCACAUUCCCGCCCCGUCUCUUUGUCAUCUUCGUCAUCGUUUAAGAAGCACUCUUCCUCCUCUUCCUCUAAAUCGUCUCUUUUUCACGGUGGCGCUCCCAAAGAAGAGCCCCUGACCUUAAGAGAGGCCGACGGGCUGAAAAUGAAGCUUAUUAUGUCGCCAGAGAAAGAGGAACCAGAGAGCUUCCCCAUAACGCCGCACUCGUCCAAAGUUAGUGUGAAGAAAGAGAAGGACAGAGAGAGGAUGCAGCCAUCAAAGUCGCCCAAGAAGAAGCCGCCACCGAGCAGAGACCCGCUGCCUGUAGUGGGGAAGGAGGUGGAGGUAGAAGGUCACUAUGGAGUCGGUAUGGGAGAUGACAGUUCUUCAUCCGGAGGAGAACUGGAGGCCGGGGAACUGAUAAUAGACGAUUCAUACACACACCUGUCGAAAAAGAAAAAGAAGAGCAAAAAAAGCAAGAAGAAAAAAGACAAAGAGAAAGACAGAGACAAGGAGAAGAGCAGCAAGGACAAGAAACACAGCAAAAGUUUAGGAGAAUCUUCAAAAAGCCACAGCCACUCCCAUCCUACUGUCAGCCAUAGUGCUGUUGGUCCAAUGUAUGCCAUGAACAAACCAGUCACUCCUCACCACCAAGGCCAUGACGGGACAACAGAGAAGAAGAAGAAGAAAGAGGAUAAAGACAGAGAAAAGCACGACAAAGAUAAAGAAAAGACGACAACGACAGCAUACCAGGUGUUUUGUAAAGAGUACCGGGUCAACAUAAAUGCAGAGCAGCCUGGUUUAGAUUUUGGGGAGCUAAGCAAGAGGCUGGCAGAGGUGUGGAAAUCGAUGCCUGAGAAAGAUAAACUAGUUUGGAGGCAGAAGGCCCAGUAUCUGCAGCACAAACAGAACAAAGCUGAGGCCACUACUGUGAAGCAAAAGUCCUCGACUGAUGGCAAAACUAAAGUUGCAGGAACAGCGGCAGGGCUGGUGUCUCCAACCAGAACUCCUGGCACCAUGUCUCUGUCCCCGGCUCGGGUGCCAGAUGUUGACCCCAUCGACGCAGCAGCUCAUCUGCAGCUGUUAGGAGAGUCCCUGUCUCUGAUUGGCCAUCGGCUACAGGAAACAGAGGGGAUGGUGGCGGUGUCUGGCAGUUUGUCAGUUCUCCUGGACUCCAUCCUGUGUGCCCUCGGCCCGUUGACGUGCCUCACAGCUCAGAUACCGCAGUUAAACGGAUGUCCUCGAAAUGUCUUGUCAAACACGUUGGACAACAUCGCCUACAUCAUGCCCGGACUAUGAGGAUCCUGAAAUGGGGAACUGAGGCUUCAUAAGCAGCAGAACUGACAGGAAGGGUCCGAUCCUGGGUGGAUCCUUGUAGCUGAACUAGAGCCUCUGCUUGUCGUCUGAAGAUCUCAAUGUUUUCUAGUUUCAACAUGUUUUUAAAGUGUAUUUUUUAAAUAAUGUCUCCCAUUUUUGUAGUUCCCAUUUUUAAAAUAAGUCAUUUUAUUGUACAUGUUGCUGUACAGCUGUCUGUUUUGUGAGUGGUUGAAUGCUGGAAUGUGCUUUGUUUACAAACAACGAGCAACUUGAAUUGUAUGUUUGUUGUCUUAAUUAGGUUUUUUUUACUUAAACGUGUGAAAAUUUAAACAGUUGUAUCAUGCGCUUGUCAAUCCAGGAAAUAUUUCUCAUGUGAUUAUUUACCAUGUUUAAAGUACUUGUUUUAUACGGCUUUCCUUUUAAAGUGUGUGCAGCGUUUUACAUUUUUAAUGUGUUUAGACUUUUAGGAAAUGUUGGACAAAACCCAACUGUUGGUGUAAACUCAUGGAAAUGAGGAACGCUUCAAGGAAUUUCAGUUAAAAACUGAUCAAGAAGGCAACAUUAAACUGUUUGCAAAGACC